AUGUGUGUCACGGUGUGCAAAUCAGCCGCCGUUCAAUUGGUGAAUGUCAUUAGCAACAACUAUUAUCAAGGACUGUCUAGCGCGUGGUGGACGGAUAUGAACUAUCUAUUCACUGCAGCAACGGUGCUGCUAGCCAUCGAAUACGAAUGCGAAGACCCGGAAGAGAGUGACGCGACCGAAAGUGCUUUUGAACAAUCCCUCAUCAUCCUGGGCGAAAUGCAAGGCCGCUCGUCCAUGGCAUCCUCAUAUGUCACCAUGUUGAAAAAGGCAAAGGAAGCUCAAGAAUCAGCGCAAAUCGCGCCAUUGGCCGCUACUUCAUCGCCCCGAGCACGUUCGAAUAAUGCGCCUCCGCGGAAUUCUUCGUCGACUUCUGAAGUCGUGUCUGGUGGGAUCAACCUGGAAGAGUUUUUGAAAGAUGACACCAGAGCCGAUGCUCCUUUCCCGUCUUGGAACAUGCAGGACUUUUUCUUGGUCCCUUGGGAUAUGAUGAUGGUUGAUAACCCUAUGCCUACGUUUCAAUCUUGA